CUAGCCCUGUACUUGGUACUGGGAGGUGGCUCUGAAUACUUGUAGGAGACGCGUCUAAAGAUACAAUAAGUUUUGAUCUUCUCUCAUUUCAUUGUCUCCAGACUCUCCACGCACUUGCCGCAAUCUCCACACGCCGAAGUCAUGUCCAGCCUCCCCUCUUUAGCCAACGUCAAGCUCGACAACGAUGGCGAAAGCCUCUGGCCUAACAUACUCAGCGCAGAACAAGCCGCUCUGAGGGCAGCUCCGACGAAGCCUCGCGCAGAGUACAACGACCCGCUCAUUGGCAUUCGCGUUCUGGGAUUCUUGUUGCAGGAUCUUUGGCAACAUGACCAGCACUCCUUUGGCCUCAUUCCGUACAAAAGACUCGUCAAAGAGAUCGCCUCGUGCCUGUCAAUCUCCGAACCUGGGAUUGCAUUAUCGUAAUCACCUCAUCCGCGUUUUUCGUUCAAAUGGCGGUCCGAUCCCCGAAUGCUCCGAACCCCCUUCUCCAUCUCUGGACGUCGUUCGCGACAGGAUAUUGGGCGGGAUGAAGCCCCCAACAACAGCGGGCGGUGCGCGUCAGAUUGGAUUCCUGCGGGAUGGAUACCGCUGUAUGCUGACCGGGCAUUACGAUCUCGUUUCUACCCUUCGUUACCCUGAGCUAAAGGAUCGUGCUGGCGCUGACGGUGUGAUCAAAACAGUUGCACAUUGUGCCCAUAUCUUUUCCGAGGCCGUACAGGAUAGCGAGCAGAAGGCCAACGACGCUGCCAGCGUGCCAGCAGUUCUCCGAAUGUUUGGGCUUGAUAAUGCGGCUGAGAACCAUGUGGGCCUCGAUAUCCAUAAGCCUUUCAACGUCAUCACGAUGCGGGGCGAUCUACACACUCUUUACGACCUCCUGAUUUUUUGGUUCGAAGAAGUUAUAGGGGAGAAAGACAAGUACGAGAUCGUUUCUAUCAGAAACGAGGUAUUUGGAUGGGGAUACCCAUUCCCCAGUUCGUCACCUUCCGGGUCGAUCCCGCCGUGAUAGCAAGCUGCAAGAUGAAACAAAUCGAUCCUCCUGCGCUGCCUUCACCCUCUCUCCUCGCCAUACGCGCUGCCUGUUCGCGUGUUGCGCACAUGUCGGGGGCCGCUGAGCAGGUCGACCAGAUUCUGCGUGAUCUGGAGGAUACGCCUGUGAUGGCGGAGGACGGCGGCAGUGCUCAUCUUCUCGAAUCGCGCCUGCUGCAGUUGUCGCUUGCCGUUGCUAUUGAGCUCUAGCGCUCGCAGGAGAUCCCUCUUCUCAUUUCCAUCGCGUCUACGACUGCAUCGAGUGAUUAGCGAAACAAUCUUCAUCGCAGAAUUUUGAAGAACCUAGCAACAAUCUUUCAGACGAUGGAAUAGGAUCAUGGACGUCGCUGACCUGGAGCAGGGCUCGGUCUGGCCUGUUAACGUGCUGCGGUUUGAAGUGCACAACGAUGCGUGGACUCGCUGGGUCAGAUCCUCCGCCGGUGGUUUCUGGAAUCACAGUUCGAAUGACGGAUGACGUCCGUAACCGUGUUUGUGUGAAUGCUCGGAAACGAAUGCAUCAGAUGGCACCAUGUCGAGAUCAGCACUCCACCCGCGAGAAGAGACAACCCCGUGUCGCGAAGAACGAGCAACAACUCAAGAGCAAGCCCUCCUCCCGCUGAAUCUCUGGCAACGACAAUGUGCGCAGGAUUCGAGGGUCUAUGUGGCGGUGGUCGUUUCAAAGAAACUUUCGAAGUUUAUGGGCCAGAGAGCGCGACGAUCGCUGCGAACUCGCUCAUAAUUUGCCGGGUCGCUUAGCCUCCUCCUAGUCCUUCGUCAUCCACUGCGCGUCAAUCCUGCGAUCCCGCUCUCAGCACACGCGUCGAGACAAACGGGACGCUAGAGUGAGUCGGGAUACACCCAGGGACAAACCGGGCCCGCCACCAUUUGCAGCCGCCAAGUACACGGCGUGCGACUCUUCGCCUCCCAGAGCGGUAAUGGCGUAUCGGGCAGCGUCGUCGCACUCGCAGCAUGACAUUGGGAUGACGAGUCUGACCACAUCGUCCCAUGGCGGCGACGGAGUGCUUUUAUUACCGAACGCUGCAUGCAGCGCACAGCUCGGGUGAACAUCCGAUGGUUCCCAAGCCGAAGAAGACCGCACCUUGGACCUCUUCGACCUGACUUUGAUUGGACAUAAUGGGUGGAGCCUGCUGCAAAUCAAAGCCGCUCUCGACAGCUGUUGCCUGGUGUCUCGCGGUGAAUGCGAUGCAGGAGGAGAGUGCGAGAGUGACUGAGAGAACGCGAUAGAUCCUCUGUCGCGGAUGGGGAGCGAAUGUCUGCGCUUGAAGGGAGGGAUGCCGAGUUUUUUAAUCAACCAGCUUCAAUGGGGGACACGGCAGCAGCGGUCGAUAAGCCCAGCUCGGGAGCAACUCGGCGUUCCAUGGAUAGCUGCCGGCAGCGCGAACCAUUAAUUAAGCGCGUGACGUCAUCAGCUUUUUAUCACGGGAUCUAAUCGAUAUCAUCUGGUUCUGUUAUCAGAGGUCACAGGAUCCUCUGCAGGGCACGCGAAGUCUCUGAGACCCUGGAUCUAUUUGCAUACAUCAUCCCCGCCAGCUUAAUGGGCGUAUUUACGCACACGGACCAAGCGGAAGUGGCACCGCGUGUGUCUAAUAAUAUUCCUUGUCCUCUUACCGGCACGGUCAGGUGAGAGGCGCCGAGACAUCCUCGAAAUAAACUUGUCUCCUCCGUCUCCGUAGCAUUCGCAGCGACCAGGAGUUAACACGAGUCUCGGGCGAGAUGAAAACGACAUAAAGCGACUGAGAGCAACUCGCUCCCGCGGUUCCGAACGUGGGCUGAUGCACCAACAACUGCAUUGACUCCAUCUCUGCGAGGGCUUUACUCGCACGACAGGUUAUUCACGUCCAAAAUCAUGAUGAGAGGUCAGGCCUGUCAGAAUGUACUUACCAUAACUGGCGUCGCAUUCGAGGAGCGAUAUUUAAACGCGAGGGUCUUGUGAUGAGUUCCGUGAACGUCCAGCCGUCCAGCCCGAAAUGAAAACACCCGCUGCUGGCUUUCUCUUCCUGUGUGCGACCGGUCUCGCUACCGCCACCCCUGAAUUCUUGGGCCAGGCCGAGCAGCAACUCCUCACAGACCGUUUAUUCCAGACGAAUCUCCGAGGCCCGCGGUGGACUGGAAAUGACAACCAGAAUACCUUGACUGCACUGGUGGCCAAUUCGAUGAUCAUUGCGGGGCUCGAGGUCGACACUCUGAACUACACCAUCUACCAAUGGGAUGCCCAAUGGUGGUCUCUGAGCUUCACGCUCAAGAACGGGACCAAAUUGGGGAUCCCCACCACUGGAUACUGGCCGUACUCGGGAAACAGCGGACUGAGGGGCAUCACCGCACCCGUCAUGGACGCCGGGACCUUUGGAAUGUUCCCAAACAUGGAUGCCGACCCGAGCACACUCAACUUGACGAGGUUUCCCCCGAGCGGCGCGAUCAUCUUCUUUGACAACCCGAGCCCGACGCACAAUUAUUCGGAACCUGGCUAUCAGUUGCUCGGGACAUCACGGGAUAUUGGGGCCGCUGCGAUUCCAGAGCUGGGAAACCUGACCAACCCCCAUUGGCAAUCGGCGAAGACGCUCAACUGGACUGCCCUCCGCGAGAUGGGUGUCGUCGGGGCGAUCUCGUCCUGGGUCCACACGUCAGACGAGGAUGCGGCUUUGCAGUUCCUUCCGGACGACGGUGCGCCCGGAGCUACGGAGCUUUUUGACGUGCCGGCGCUCUACGUCGGAAAUUCCACGGGCGAGAUGAUUCGCGGCUUGCUCCGGGCCGAUCAAGUCCUCACCGCAGAUCUCGUGCUCUAUGCGCCGAGUACCUUCUCCCCCACUCAGACGGUAAUCGGUCAUCUCGACGGCGCCGCGAACACAAAUGCAACAAUUAUUCUCUACACACACAGCGAUGGACCGUCGAUCAUCGAAGAAAACGGACCGAUCCUGUUGUUGACCAUGGCCGAGUAUUUCGCCACAUUGAAGCCGCAAUUGAAUCUGAAUCUUGACUUCGUGGUCACGACUGGACACAUGUCCGGGCAUCACCUCAACGAAUCGCUCUGGAUGGCAGAACGGCCCGAUCUGCUCGCCAACGCGGUCUAUGCUGUGUCUUGCGAGCACUUCGGCGCCUUGGAGUGGAAGGAUCAGAUCGUGGACGGAGAACCCGUCUAUCAAGCGACAGGAAAUUUGGAGCCCAUGUGGACGAUGGCGAAUGCCUCCCAUGCGAGUGACUUUUUGCACCAAUCGUACCUCGACGCGUUCGAUGGUACACCAGAUUCUUUGCGCAUGGCGAUGGUUUCUCCUGGCCGACUGAACGGAAGUAGAUCGAUGUGGUACGGCGUCGGAGGCAGCGGGACUUUGGGGCGUUCGAACAUCCCGACCAUAGGGAUCAUUCCCCAACCCGACUACUUGUGGGCGGCAAUGGUGGAUGGAGGUUGGAGCAAGUUGGAUAUCCCGACAGUCGUCGCCCAAAUCAAUGUCAUCAUUGAGCUCAUACAGACGUUGGACAGCAAUUGGGCCCAGGAUCACCCGGAAAGUAUCUAGAGUCUUCACGAGAGGAUAGAGUAUGAUAGGGAGAUCGAAGAAAACAAAAUGUAAUUGAUAGAUCCGAACAGGCCCGCGGACACUCCGUAUUGGGUCGGUCCGGAAUAGAUUAAAAGUUGA